AGAGGUCCACCUGAAUUCAAUUCCCUUUCUUUGCUAAUCACUCCCACAGAAAAAGCUUCUACUUAACGCAACCCAUAAAAAUCUCUAGACACACAAAUAAAUGGGUUUGCUUCUGCUUCUGCUGCUACUUAUGAAGUCCCUCACUUUCUUCUUUAAUCUUACUCCUCUCUAAUUCUGUCACACAACCCAAUUUACAGACCGAAAUUUCAAUACCCAAACACCAUGUAUUUGUCCGAAAAGCCUCACCCGGUUGAUUUUCACAAAGGGGACGAAGGCGGCGAGGACAUGAUGAUUGAGGUGGUUCCGAAUGAGGAUGUUUCCCAAACCCAUCACCGGAAUCAUCAGCAGCAGCAGCAUCACCAAUUGCUGCUAUUGGGGGACAGUAGCGGCAGUGGGGAGGACCACGAAGCUAAGCCCCAGAAAAAGAGAGCCGAAACUUGGGUGCAGGAUGAGACUCGGAGUUUGAUAGCUCUGCGCCGAGAAAUGGACAGCAUGUUCAACACUUCCAAGUCUAACAAGCACUUGUGGGAGCAGAUUUCGGCGAAAAUGAGGGAGAAAGGGUUCGACCGCAAUCCCAAUAUGUGCACUGACAAGUGGAGGAACUUGCUUAAGGAGUUCAAGAAGGCCAAGCAUAAUCAUGACAGGGGGAGUGGCUCGGCUAAGAUGUCAUAUUAUAAAGAGAUUGAGGAGAUUUUGAAAGAAAGAAACAAGAAUGGUCAGUACAAAAGCCCUACUCCGCCCAAGGUUGAUUCUUUUAUGCAGUUCUCAGAUAAAGGGAUGGAAGAUACAAACAUUUCCUUUGCACAUGUGGAAGCUAAUGGCAGGCCAACACUCAAUCUCGAGACAGGUUUGGACCAUGAUGGUCAUCCUCUUGCCAUUACUGCUGCUGAUGCAGUUGCAGCAAAUGGAGUUGCACCUUGGAAUUGGAGAGAGACCCCUGAAAAUGGUGGUGAGAAUCAAUCAUAUGGCGGGAGAGUCAUAGUAGUAACCUGGGGUGAUUAUACUCGGAGGAUUGGAAUUGAUGGCUCGGCAGAUGCCAUUAAGGAGGCCAUCAAGUCUGCUUUUAGGUUGAGAACAAAACGCGCCUUCUGGUUGGAGGAUGAAGACCAAAUUGUCCGAAGUCUUGACAGGGACAUGCCUCUGGGAAAUUACACCCUUCAUCUUGACGAAGGGUUGGCUGUAAAAGUGUGCCUGUAUGAUGAGCCAGAAAACAUACCCGUACAUACAGAGGAGAAGAUUUUUUACACCGAAGAUGAUUAUCAUGAAUUCCUAACCCGCCGUGGGUGGACAUGUUUGCGGGAGUUUGAUGGGUACAGAAAUAUCGAAAAUAUGGAUGAUCUUCGACCUGGUGCAAUAUAUCGUGGUGUGAGUUGAGGGCAAGCAUGUGCAUUUUCAUUAUAUUUUCUUCUUAAAUGCGGGCGGGUUUGUACUGUUCAAUCAUGUAGAAUACAACAAUUGUAUGGUAGAUAGAACAAUAACCAAGAACUGAAACAGGUUCUGUUCUUGCACAUAGCCUGAGCAUGCGAUUUUUGUAAAUAUGUAUUUUUGUUUUGAGUUGCAAAGAAAUCCAAGUCUUGUACUGUUGUUCAUUUCA